CUCUCUCACAUGUUUUCACAACUUCAAAACGCGACUCAAAGGAGAGAGAGAGAAAGGAGCGAACCAGAAGACCAGGCUAGCGACUCUUGAACAGAGUUUCUAGAAGGGAAUUCCCGCUCGAAUUUAUCUGAUCAUAAAUUUGUAAUGGGGGAGGAAGAUAAUGAUCCCAUGGCUGAAUCUAGUGUUGUAGAGUCAACUACACCUGAUACGGAGAAUGGUAAAAACGAUGAGAUAACUGUAGAGCACAAGACGGAGGAAGAGAAAGAGCCUGUGAUUGAAUCUUGUGUUGUAGAGUCAAAUGGUGGUUCUACACUUGAGAAAGGUGAAGAUAUUGCUCAAGAAACGAAAGAUGGUAAAAAUGAUGAGAUAACUGUAGAGCAUAAGACGGAGGAAGAGAAAGAGCCCGUGGCUGAAUCUUGUGCUGUAGAGUCAAAUGGAGGUUCUACACCUGAAAAAGGUGAAGAUAUUGUUCAAAACGAGGAUGCAGAGAAGGAUGGGGGUAAAAAUGAUGAGAUAACUGAGGAUCACAAGAUGGAUAUCGAUGGGGAGAGUUUUGAGACUAAGGACAACGGGGAUGAAGUGCUGGAGGGGAAAGAAGAAACAGAGCCUAAGGAAGAAGACAAUAUACCCGAGAUAGAGAUCAAGGAAGAAGAGGAAAAAGAAAAGAAUGGUAAUGAAGAAGAGGAUGAUCAAGUGGAUGCAAUGGAAGAGGAAAAAGAGAAGAAUGUUAAUAAAGAAGAGGAUGAUCAAGUGGAUGCAAUGGAAGAGGAAAAAGAGAAGAAUGGUAAUAAAGAAGAGGAUGAUCAAGUGGAUGCAAUGGAAGAGGAUGUACAGACAAAAGACGAAGAAGAAAAAGAAGAGAGUCAGGAAGAUGUUGAAGGAGACAAUGAGAAAGAACCAAAAGAAGAAGAAGAGGAAGAGGAGCAGGCUGAAGAAAUUAAAAAGAAGAAAGGGUCAAGAGGUAGGGGGAAAGCAAAAGAUGUCGACAAAAAGACAAAUAGAGAGCCUAAAACGCCUUUGCCUUUGAUCAGUGAACGUCCUGUACGUGAACGGAAAUCUGUAGAGAGGUUGGUUGCAUCAAUUGAGAAGGAUUCAAAUAGGGCAAUCCUGAUUGAAAAGGGUCAAGGCACUGCACUAAAAGACAUACCCAAUGUUGCCUACAAAUUGACAAAUAAGAAGGGCGAUGACAUACUAAAAUUGCUUCAUUCGAUUCUCUUUGGAAGAAGGGGAAAGGCUAUUCAGAUCAAAAGUAACAUCUUUAAAUUUUCUGGCUAUGUCUGGAAAGAGAAUGAGGAGAAGCAAAAGUUGAAGGUGAAUGAAAAACUGGACAAGUGUACUGAGGAGAAGCUGUUGGAACUAUGUGAUGUUCUUGACAUACCAGUUAACAAGGCUAUUAUUAAGAAGGAAGACAUUGUGGUGAAGUUGAUCGACUUUCUCGUUGCUCCUCAUUCUACAACUACUGAGCUACUAGCUGAGAAGGAGGAGCAGUCGAGUAAAGGAAAAAAACACAAGAGGGCAGCCAAAGAGAGUGCUUCUGCAGACGUCAGUUCUUCAAAACAUUCAGCAAAGAGUGGAAGAAAGACAGAGAACGUAUCUAAAGAGGGAGACAAAGAUGAAGAAUUAGAUGAAGAGAAGGUGGUAGAGAAUGAAGAUGAAGAGGAAGAAGAAAAUGUGAAUGUUGUUGCUGAAAAAGCCAAAGACGAAGUCUCUGAACAUUCUGAAAGUGAGGAAGAGGAAGAGAGCGCAGAUGAAACAGAAGAUGAAUCUGAAGAAGACACACGUAAACGCAAACGAGGCUCCAAGAAAUCCUCUGUUAAGAAAGGACUUAACGUCAAAACAAAAAAGAAGAAGGUAUCAUCAUCAACCACCCCUAAGAAAUCCACCCCACCUUCUAAAAAGACCAAAGUGGAGUUAUCAUCAUCAUCCUCUAAACGCUCCAAGGCGGAUGAAAACAAUGAUGAAAGUCCAAAAAAGACAUUCUCAAGGAGGAAGAAAGUGGAGGUAGUUUAUGAAAAGCCCUCAACUCUGAAGAAGAAGAAGAAAGUAGAGGAAGUUAAUGAAAAGCCCUCAACUCUGAAGAAGAAGAAGAAAGUAGAGGAAGUUAAUGAAAAGCUCUCAACUCUGAAAAAGAAAGCUGCUUCUUCUUCCACAGAGAAACCUGGCAAGAAGGUAGUGAAAGGAAGAAGUAAAGCUAAAGAUGAAAAACAGCCACCAAGUGAUAGUGAUCUCAAAGAUGCAAUCUGUGAGAUUUUAAAGGAAGUUGACUUCAACACGGCUACCUUCACUGACAUUCUCAAGCAACUAGCUGGGCGAUUCAAGAUAGAUCUAACCCUAAGAAAGACUUCAAUAAAGCUCAUGAUCCAGGCCGAGCUGACCAAGCUAGCUGAAGAAGCAGAAGAUGAAGACGAUGAUGAUGAUGUAAGUGACGACGAUGAUGAUGAGAAACCCGAAAACCAACCUUCUCGCCCGGGUGUUAAGGCCUGAUUAACUUUUAACAGCGAUUAGCUUAGUUUUUAUUUUUUACUUUGUUCAUAAUUUUGGUUUGUUAGGAUAAUUUGAUCUAUCUGUGUUAGGAAUGUCAGUUUACUGUUUCAAUAGAUUUUAAAGUUUAAAAAACUUCUUUACACUGUAUGUUGACAUGGUAAUUGUUUCCCUU